AGCCAGAAUAAUUGAACAAAGAUCAAAGUCAUCAUCCGCAACUGCAACUGCAAACGCCGCAACAAGAGAUGUCGACACAGCAAAUGCGGCAGAUGGUGACGCAUGUUGCCGACGGCGCAAAAGUUAAGACCAGGUUAAUAUCACACAUUCUCCUAGUUAGAGGAAGUUUAGGUAGUAGUACGUACCCUAGGAAAAAUCUAGAAGACGAAGCAUCAAUGAUACUAGGUCAUCACCAUCUUGAACUCAAUCUACUUCUCCUCCUCUAAAUCCCAUUUCGACGACGCUGGGAGUGUGCCGCUUGUGAAAGAUCCAGCCAGAGAGGCAGAAAUCCUCAGCUUCUGCAAAGAGGAAGCAAGCAAACUUCCGGAACCUUGGAUGCCUCUAGCGUGUAUGCGGACUCGAAAGUACGACGCUGAUAGGAGUAAAGUUUUGAUGACGGAGUUUCGGAAUCUCCUUGUGGAGAUGAAAACAAACUAUCCCGACGCGAAAACAGUGUUCAGGGAUGUAGGAGGUGGAACAACGUCUUCAUCAUCGUCAUUGGGAUCUUCGCCCCCAGGAGCUUCUCCCAUUACCUCUUCGAGCACGAGUACUCCUGUAACGUCAUCAUCGGCCUCUGCUUCUUCCUCGAGCACUCCGAAAGCAGAUUCCUCCGCCCCAAAAGCAGACACGUGGCAAGCCUUUCGUGUUCUACCGUGUCGUGACAAGUGGGGUCGUGGAGUUCUGAAUACUCGCUUACGACACCACAAUCCGAAGCUUGUGCCAGCUGAGUCUGCCAUACGAGCUGUGACACUGUUGUUAGGGCUCAACUUGCAUUGGCCAUUGAGGUUGGUCACUGAGAUAGAAGAGGAGCCUCCUUUAGAGAAUAUGGGAAAUUUAAAGGAAAAGGGGAGAGCUCUGCAAGAGGCCUCGUCCCUUCAGCAUCAGUGACCAGUGACUGCUGACCUCUAAUAUUGCUUUACAACCUCCUUCAAGGAGCGCCGUCUGAGGGAGAUGCACGAGCCGAGGAAGCGGAGAAAACACAGCUGAAUGGUAGAUACUAGUACAGCAUGUUAAUACAACAACAAGCAGAUAAUUCUGACUCAACAUCUUCAUCAUCAUGGUACUAGCUUGGGUGAAAAAUAGCUUCAUGAUGAUCUUGAUCAACACAUACUCAUACUGUGGUCCUUGCCACUACCAUUGUGACACAGUAAGCUGAACAAACAAGAACACAGGUGUCUGUGUCCUUCACGAUUUUCACGGCAUAUCAAACAACACAGGUCAAGCAUCAACAAGGGCCCUUUCAAGGGUUGCUGCUGGCGCUACAACUGCCUGUUCUCACUACCUCGGUAGUUUGAGUGGUAGUGGUUGUAGAUCUUUAUAUACUUUUAAUAGGCUGUCUGUAUCUUCUCGAUUUCGAUCGUGAUUACAUUCAGACUUUGUCUCUACGGGUGAUGUUAGGAACGACACUAACAGGGGCAUACAUGCUGAACAAACAACACAGGUGUCUGUGUCCUUCACGAUUUUCGCGGUAUAUCGCUCUCGAAUGUGGACCCGGCGAUCGGGCGUGCACUUUUCAAGCUCUUCACUGGGAGAUUCCCGAUAAGGCUAGCAGCGAUCUACAUUGUCGAGCCUCCGUUUUUUGUCCGCUAUGUCAUGCUCCCAAUCGCGCGCAUGAUUAUGCCCACGAAACUGACAAGCAGGAUUCAACCCCUCUCUUCCGUCAACGAUUUAAAGAAUUUCUUUGAACCGGACCAAUUAUUGGAAGACUUUGGUGGGAAUGUGCCAGACAUAGACGUGGAGAAGCUUUGGUCAGAGCAAAUCAGGGAUUUUACAGAUUUGAAACUUGAUGAAUGAAGAACAACAUGCUACUUAUUAACUACUUUAAGAGAAUUGUGAUAAGUAACAUUUUGAAGAUAGGAGCUUUAAACAGGGACAGGUGUAGCCCCUCGCGUUUUACCCCCGCCCCCUUCCACCAGGAGAGUAAGACGAAGCAAGCAGCUGUGGGUGGGUAUUUUUGUGGUAUACUAAUUUUUUUUCUUAGGCUGUGAUCCAUUGUGAAACAAGAUCCAAAUCCCCACUGAAAUCCGAAAUCUUCUGAUCCAGUUCCGCAGCGUCAGCGUCCUACUUAGCUAACUACUUAAGUAAGCACAAGAAGGAAGAACGACCAAGACAGAACAAGAACAACACAACAAGCACGACCCAAGACAAGACCGACGUAACAAGAACUGCAUGGUGUCCAUUCUCUUUCCUCAUGCAGGUUUGGUAUAUGUUACCUCGGUGACAUCACGUAAGACGUACUGAGAGGGUCUAAGAUAGACUCAAGCUUAGGCCGGCUUAGUA